AGGAAAGUGUUUUCUCGACUCGAGAUGCUAGAAGGUGCUAAAUCAAUAGGUGCCAGAGCUGCUACAAUUGCUUUAGCCGGAGCUGCUGUCGGUAUUAGAAACGUCCUCAGUUCUUUGAUUCAUUCCGUGGCGCGAAAUCCAUUAUUGGCUAAACAAUCAUUUGGUUAUGCCAUUUUGGGCUUUGCUCUCACCGAAGCUAUUGCAUUGUUUGCCCCAAUGAUGGCCUUUCUGAUCUCAUUCGUUUUCCGAUCGCAUAAAAAGUCAUGAGAUAAAAAAAGAAAUGUGAGAAUGUAGUUACA